AUGCAAGCUCCCUUGGCUCGACAAGUAGCUAAAUACCUUUCAUUGCAAGCUGGACCUCCACUUUGCUCGAAAUGUCUUCGACCCAUCCAACAACAAAUCCGACACCAUUCUUCCAGGAUCAGUAGUCCCCAACGAGUCAGAAAGACUUCAUCAGAGUUCUCUUCCAGAAAUAGGGACAGGGAUAGGGACAGCUACAUUACUCUACCUGGUCCCAGCCCAUCUCGCUCAGAAUUAUCUGCGACUGAUGAAGCUUUGAGAGAAAAUUUCGAUGUGAUCUUCAGUAGCUCUUCCUCUUCUUCUUCAUCAACUCCCCAUCGAGAUAUUCCGAAGAUCGUAGAAGCUGUAUACCCCCUAAUAUUUCGAAGAGAUCUCAAAUCACUGUUAGAUGGUCACUUAGAACAGAUAUCAAUCUCGCUUUCGAGCACCCCUGACAAUAAUCGAUUUACAAACGAACAGCUUCGUCAAGCAAUCACUAUCUUAAAUCAUUGUUGGGCCAGAUCAAUAUUGCUCAACUUCCCCAUAGAAAAGCAAGAAUUGCUCGAAAAGAUUUAUGCGGAAUUCAUCAUUCGUCAAGCCCUCAUCUCCAAUAAAGACGUAGUACAAUGGAUCUCAGAGGUAUUGGAAUCUUUCUUGGAGAAACGAUCGAACUCUAAUUUACCUAUCUCAAGAAAGACGUCAGUCGUAUGGGCCGUCUUGAGAACGAAAUUAGGAAUACUGGAACAGCCGAAAUUUUCUUUCAUAGUGGAUUCGUCAGCGAAGCAAGAUGGGAAGGAUCAGCUGAAAGAGUUCUUAGGACCUUUCAGAGAAGAUGUGGAUCUGUACAUUGAGCAACUGCAGAACCUGCUGGAAUGGUCACACCGAUACGAAUGGUCGCUAAAGCGUAUCAAUAAAGAAAUUCACGCGUUGCGCAGGCAAGAGGAUUAUGAGGGAAUAAUCGCUUUAUGGGAGAAAUUCAAACUUCAAAUAUCAUCGGACGGGAAGAAUCUUGAAACCCCUAAGAAAAAUGAUAUUUUAUCUCUGUUUCUUCUAACUUUCAAACGAUCGACUACGCCCUCUCGUUCGCUUGAAGCUCAAUUCACCGACGUUCUCAAACAUUGUACCAAACCAUAUCCACGGAACAUAACUCAGGCAUUGCUGGCGCUCAGAGACAGAUCGGACGAUAAGACGACCAAUGCAGAUGCAAAAGUAGGACAAGAAGUUUUGUCGCUGGAUCAUGAAGAUACUCAACGAUCUCGUUCUGGCAAUGUGCUGGAAAAUAUGAAAUCCAUAUGGAAAGAAACGAAGGAAAAGGAUUUGAAAAUGUACAUGAUAUACCUUGAUGGACUAGGAAGGCUGGGAGAUCUAGCGGGAUUGAAAGAAGCUUGGAUCGAGCUGGUGAAAGAUCAGAGGGCGAAAGAGAUCUAUAUCAAAGAGGAAAAACUGGAUUUGUCUACUCCCUUCCCACCUACUCAAGCUCUCAACCAGAUGAUCUCAUCUUGUCUUCUCGUCCCUGACGGUCCAGCGGUCGCACUUGAUCUGUUCGCCCAAGCGGUCUCUCCAACAUCUAGCAUACCCAUCAACUUGAUCACCAUCAACACCAUACUGAGGCAUCACGCCCGUCAAGGCGACUUAUCAUCCAUGUCUUCCCUAUUCAUUCUAGCCGAAAAACUCAACUUGAAACCUGAUAUCAUCACUUACACCACGCUAGUGCAAGGAUUACUCAGGACAGGAAAGAUAGAGAUAGCCAAAAAGGUGUUAGAAGAUAUGUCUCAGCAGGGUAUAUCACCUAAUGAACGCAUGUUCUCAAUGUUAAUUUCGGAUUUAUCCAAGAUCGGAACAGUCAAAUCACUAUCUCAUGCUGAAGAGUUAUUGAAUCUGAUGAUUAAAAGUAAGAUGAGGGUGAAUGAAGUUACUUGGACUGGAUUGAUCUCUGGGUACUUCAAGAAUGGUUGGAUUCAGAAUGGUUGGGAUACGAUCAAACGAAUGGAAAGAAAUGGUACGAGAUUGAACAGAAUAGGAUAUAAUAUCUGUUUUAAAGAAUAUACCACCGCUGGAGAAGGAGGACAAGGAGGGAUAACGAGAUUAUGGGAUAAGAUGAUCAAAAGUGGUAUUUCACCUAAUAGCGAUUCAUACCUUCUGGUUCUCACCACUUUAAUACAUCAGAAAAAUUGGCAGGAUGCGGAUAAGGUGUUGGAUGAGAUGAAAAGAAGAGGAUUUAAAGCCGAGAAAGGAGCUUUACAGACUAUCGUAAAUAGAGUCAAGUGUAGGAGAUAG